AUCGACUCCAGGCGGUAAGUACGAAGAUGGCAGCAAAUUUGUUUUAGCUCACAUCUGACAAUUUUCACUAGCGUCUUUUCUUUGUUUCCUCCAUGCAGCAUCUUAGAUUUCCAUCUUACCGUUGUGCUGUUUUUCAAAUCUGAAGAUGUAUAAAAGUCACACAGCCUUCCUGCUAGUCUGUGUGGUGAUCCAGGUUCUGGGUGUGGUCAUCUUCCUGAAGGGUUUUAUUCCCGUUAAGAACGCCGUGCCUGGACAUGCUACUCUUCUGGACCUGCCUCCUGAACCAUGGGAGAAUCAUACUGUAGCCUCACAGAGCCAUGGUGCCCACUCAGAGGACAGUGGUAACCCAGGUCCCCUGCUUCCCCCCAUAUUUGGUCGGCUGGUGAUCAUGCUGGUGGAUGCCAUGAGGGCAGACUUUAUGUACGGAGACAGUGGCAAAAACUUCAUGCCUUACACAAGGGCACUGGUGGACUCGAACUCAUCAGUGAGUUUUAUAGCCAAGGCCCACCCUCCCACUGUCACCAUGCCCAGGAUCAAAGGUCUCACCACUGGCAGUAUCCCCGGGUUUGUUGACAUUGCGCUGAACUUGGACUCCAAGGCUCUGGUGGAAGACAACAUCAUCACUCAGAUGUACCGUGCGGGGAGGAGGAUGGUGUUCUAUGGUGAUGACACGUGGCUCAAGCUGUUUCCCGACCACUUUGUACGCUAUGACGGGACCACCUCAUUCUUUGUUACUGACUACACUGAGGUGGACAACAAUGUUACGCGGCACGUUGCCCCCGAGCUUUCGCGUACAGACUGGGAUGUGAUGAUCCUCCACUACCUUGGUCUGGACCAUAUUGGCCACCUGGCCGGACCAGCGAGCCCUCUUGUUGGACCAAAGCUUCGAGAAAUGGACAAGAUAGUGGAAACCAUUCACACAACAGUAAUGGAACAGGACAGUGAGAGAGACCUCCCGACCCUGUUGGUUCUGUGUGGAGACCACGGCAUGAGUAACGCAGGCAGCCAUGGAGGGGCGUCGGCCCCCGAAACUCUCACCACCCUGGUGUUUCUCAGCUCUCUCUUCUCCGGGGGAAAAGGCUCCAGUCAUGUGACCUCACCAGUGUACCAGACUGGUCUUGCCCCGACCCUGGCCUUGACCUUUGGCCUCCCCGUGCCACAGAACAGCCUGGGUCAGGUGAUGACCCCUUUACUGGCAAGGUCAAGUGCACGGGAUCAGCUUCGUGCUGUGCAGAUCAACGCUCAUCAGCUGGUAGGGGUUCUACAGGCUAACAUGGCUGAAUUUGACAGAGAACCUGGUUACCAAUUGUACCAACAGGCAGUGAAGAUGCACUCUGGUUGGCUGAAGGCCCUGGUUAGCGGUGAAUCUGUCACUAGUCUGGAGACCCUGGGACAGAGAGUCUCCCAACAGUACAGCCGGGCCAUGGAGAGCAUUGUUGACAGGGUAGCCGCCUCUCUGUCUGAAUACGACAUGCACGCUAUGGUUGUUGGUAUUACCCUCCUGGUACAGGUGUUAUUCAUCCUCCUGGUGGCAUCUAGACAGUUUCUUACAGAGAUUGUACCUGUAGCAGAGGCUUGGAUGGUGUACAUCCCCCCACCUGCUCUACUCCUGAGUAGUUUCUUCCUGGUUCUCUCUGCACAUGUCAGCCUGUGUACAAGUACUACAGGCUGGGCUAGUGCUGAACUGUGCUCAGGACCAGCUGGAUGGCUCAUGUCGCUUGCAGCUGUGAUUUCAACCAGUGUCUGUGUCUCCUUGAUGAUCAAGUUGUUUUUCCUGACUGACGGCAAGGCACUGAUUUCAGCAGCUAGCCAUGGUCUGCACAUGUGUUGCAGUCUUCCAUUGGAAGCCCUGUUCCUACUGGCAGGGGUGGUGUUACACACAGUCAGCCUCGGAUCCAGCAGUCUAGUGGAGGAGGAACAUCAGACCUGGUACUUCCUCCAGACAACACUCUUCUUCCUCAUCAUGAUGUCCAACCCUCAACCCUCACACCAGCAGCCAAUCGCAUGCGAGGAUACAACUACUACUUCAUCUCCUAUAGAUAUGUAUACACAGAGAAUAUCACUUUCAGAAAGAGAACAGAAAGAUGAUGGUAAAACUGUGAAGAAGACAUCGACUAAGAAGGAAUCAACUUUAUUUGAACAAAAUGUGCGAUCUGGAUGUGGGGCCUUAAGCAGGCAAGACUUUGUACCAGAGCGUUUGAGGAGGAUGGUUGCAGUUCUGGUCCUGUUGUUAACCAGUCGGCUGCUAAGGUCCUGGAACCAGACAGGGAUUGUGAUGGCAGAUCGACCGGACAUUGGGGACUGGUUUGUCAGACCAGAGAACAAGAUCUAUUUAUCCUCCUUGGUGGUUGCAUCAUUCCUCGUCAUCUUCAUACUGCAAUGGAGGACUUGUGAUUUUACCAGCUCCCUCUUACUUGGACUUGGGUUGAUUGGAAUCUACCAUUACAGAGCCAAAACUGGAGUGCUUGCUGCACCUUGGAUACUGCAUACAGACAAGGGAAUAUUUGAAGCACGUCUAGUGUACCUUGUGAUUAUCAUUCACCUGUGUUGGACUUGUCUUGGGCUGUUAAAGACUUGGACUCAGCAUCUCCAAACCGAGAAUGUUGAAAACUUCACAGCCAACAGAGACGGCAUACAAGAGAACGAUCUGCGUACAACACAAAGUUUUAACAAAGAGAACAAAAACUGGAAGGACAGCAGAAAGACAUUUGUGGAUGGUCUCUUUACAACCUUAGUGUUGUUGGAAGCCUUGUUGCUGAGACCACAUAAUACCACAGUGUUGGCAGUGACUGUUUUCCAGCAGUACCUCCUACACGAGCUGGUGUUACCAUGGACAGUUCUGUCCCCCAGUGUCCCCUUACUGUCACUUCUACAUGUGUGGAUGGGACAGGCUGCUUUCUACUUUCAGGGUAACUCCAACAGUAUCGCCACCAUCGACAUCUCGGCUGGAUAUGUCGGUAUGGAAGACUACGUACAGGAGGUAGCGGGAAUGCUAACCUGCCUCUCUACAUAUGCUGGGCCUUUUCUAUGGUUCUCCAGUCUUCUUGUUUUCAUUGCAAAGAGAUAUUCAAGGCCAUACCCAGCCUUGCUGCAAGCCUGUUUCACUAUCAUCAUCACAAGGACAUUACCAGUUACAGCUUACACCGUAAUAACAACCAUGCAGCGUUACCACCUCUUCGUGUGGAGUGUUUUCUCCCCCAAACUGCUGUAUGAGGCCAUGUUGACAGCUGUGACAGCGGCAGUGGUGGUCUUGAUACUUUGCCUUGGGGUACCCCUUCAGAUGAUUGGCACAAUUCAUAAGCUGACUCAUACAACAAGAUAGUGCAAUAAGCAUGAUUACUUAAACCCUUAGGUAUUGCUAUAUUAACUAUUGUUAUUAAUUAUCGCAUUUUAUUGAAUUAUGUACGCACUUUUUAGAAACUUUUCAAAAUUCAAAUAGUGUUGCAAGUCAUCACCAAAGUUAUGGUGCUUACUUUAUUUGAGGUUUCCUCUCGGACAAAAUUAAAAGAGGCAUUAAGAACCUAGUGGAAUCAAACUCUACUUGCUGGCACAUUUUGUUCAUGACGCCUCAUUUUAAGCACAUGGAGAUAUCAAAUAUGAAUGGCAUUUAAAAUAUAUGUUGGCAGCUGUAACAGAA